UGAAAAUGGCGAUCAAUACAUCAAACUUAUGUUCUCUUCUCUUUCUCCUUUCCCUCUUCCUUCUUUCUACGACACUGUCUCUUGCUGAAAGUGAAAUUGACAGGCAGGACUACGAGGAGUGCAAACGGCAAUGCAUGCAGUUAGAGACAUCAGGCCAGAUGCGUCGGUGUGUGAGUCAGUGCGAUAAGAGAUUUGAAGAGGAUAUAGAUUGGUCUAAGUAUGAUAACCAAGAGGAUCCUCAGACGGAAUGCCAACAAUGCCAGAGGCGAUGCAGGCAGCAGGAGAGUGACCCACGUCAGCAACAAUACUGCCAACGACGCUGCAAGGAAAUAUGUGAAGAAGAAGAAGAAUAUAACCGACAACGUGAUCCACAGCAGCAAUACGAGCAAUGUCAGAAGCGCUGCCAACGGCGCGAGACAGAGCCACGUCACAUGCAAAUAUGUCAACAACGCUGCGAGAGGAGAUAUGAAAAGGAGAAACGUAAGCAACAAAAGAGAUAUGAAGAGCAACAACGUGAAGACGAAGAGAAAUAUGAAGAGCGAAUGAAGGAAGGAGAUAACAAACGCGAUCCACAACAAAGAGAGUACGAAGACUGCCGGCGGCACUGCGAACAACAGGAGCCACGUCUGCAGUACCAGUGCCAGCGAAGAUGCCAAGAGCAGCAGAGGCAACACGGCCGAGGUGGCGAUUUGAUGAACCCUCAGAGGGGAGGCAGCGGCAGAUACGAGGAGGGAGAAGAGAAGCAAAGCGACAACCCCUACUACUUCGACGAACGAAGCUUAAGUACAAGGUUCAGGACCGAGGAAGGCCACAUCUCAGUUCUGGAGAACUUCUAUGGUAGAUCCAAGCUUCUACGCGCACUAAAAAACUAUCGCUUGGUGCUCCUCGAGGCUAACCCCAACGCCUUCGUGCUCCCUACCCACUUGGAUGCAGAUGCCAUUCUCUUGGUCAUCGGAGGGAGAGGAGCCCUCAAAAUGAUCCACCGUGACAACAGAGAAUCCUACAACCUCGAGUGUGGAGACGUAAUCAGAAUCCCAGCUGGAACCACAUUCUACUUAAUCAACCGAGACAACAACGAGAGGCUCCACAUAGCCAAGUUCUUACAGACCAUAUCCACUCCUGGCCAAUACAAGGAAUUCUUCCCAGCUGGAGGCCAAAACCCAGAGCCGUACCUCAGUACCUUCAGCAAAGAGAUUCUCGAGGCUGCGCUCAACACACAAACAGAGAGGCUGCGUGGGGUGCUUGGACAGCAAAGGGAGGGAGUGAUAAUUAGGGCGUCACAGGAGCAGAUCAGGGAGUUGACUCGAGAUGACUCAGAGUCACGACGCUGGCAUAUAAGGAGAGGUGGUGAAUCAAGCAGGGGACCUUACAAUCUGUUCAACAAAAGGCCACUGUACUCCAACAAAUACGGUCAAGCCUACGAAGUCAAACCUGAGGACUACAGGCAACUCCAAGACAUGGACGUAUCAGUUUUCAUAGCCAACAUCACCCAGGGAUCCAUGAUGGGUCCCUUCUUCAACACUAGGUCUACAAAGGUGGUAGUGGUGGCUAGUGGAGAGGCAGAUGUGGAAAUGGCAUGCCCUCACUUGUCGGGAAGACACGGCGGCCGCGGUGGAGGGAAAAGGCAUGAGGAGGAAGAGGAGGUGCACUAUGAGCAGGUUAGAGCACGUUUGUCGAAGAGAGAGGCCAUUGUUGUUCUGGCAGGUCAUCCCGUCGUCUUCGUUUCAUCCGGAAACGAAAACCUGCUGCUUUUUGCAUUUGGAAUCAAUGCCCAAAACAACCACGAGAACUUCCUCGCGGGGAGAGAGAGGAACGUGCUGCAGCAGAUAGAGCCACAGGCAAUGGAGCUAGCGUUUGCCGCUUCAAGGAAAGAGGUAGAAGAGUUAUUUAACAGCCAGGACGAGUCUAUCUUCUUUCCUGGGCCCAGGCAGCACCAGCAACAGUCGCCCCGCUCCACCAAGCAACAACAGCCUCUCGUCUCCAUUCUGGACUUCGUUGGCUUCUAAAGUUCUACAAAAAAGAGUGUGUUAUGUAGUAUAGGUUAGUAGCUCCUAGCUCGGUGUAUGAGAGUGGUAAGAGACUAAGACGCUAAAUCCCUAAGUAACUAACCUGGCGAGCUUGCGUGUAUGCAAAUAAAGAGGAACAGCUUUCCAACUUUA